AUGGCAAGUGAAGCUGCUUUGCACUCAAGCCUCUCAAGAAUCUGUUCCCUUCUUUCCGAGCUGCGGUCUUCUGGUGACGCGUCAGAAUUGCAGUGCCCCCGCAGCCGAUGCCUUGAACUCUUGGGUUCUGUGCGUGCCUUCGAUGGCGAUUUGUCAAGCGCAUCUCACUUCAGUGGCAUUCGAUCGGACGUGCAUCAGCAUUUGUCCUCUUGCCGAUCUUCAGACGACAGCGAUAUUCUGCUUCAAGCUGGCCAAGCUGAUCUUAGAAUCAGUUUGAACGAGCCAUCGCGCGGCAUUUCUCUGAGCAAGUUGGCAAGACUUCCGCCGUACGAUGAGCUUGUGUGGGAAGGUGACGAGGAGCCAAGCAACAAUGCGCGUAUUGCCGUUUCAGGAGGUGCUGUUCCAGUUGCUGGUGUCCAGCAGCAGCUGCCGUUUGUAGCCUCCUCUGGACAGACUGAAGCAACGCCGCGAGAUAAGCUUACCUCUGGAAUGAAUGCACCCCCUUCAGCAAAGACUCGCAAUAGCUAUGCAUCAAACCUUAGCGCUCAGCCGAAAAGCUCAUUGCCUCCACUUCCAAAGCGACCAUCCUACCAGCAGGAACGUAAUCAGCAACGGCCUAUUUUGUUGGAUGACGACGUUUCAGAAGAUUCGGAUGAAGAUGCCAUGAACUCCUUGAAAAAAGGUAUCGACAGUGCAUCAGCCAGGUCUUCAAGGGCACCUUCCAGGCAGCAUAGUGUACACGAUCCCUCAGGUUCGAAGAGAGGAGUUCGUAGCGGCUUUGUUUCUCCUGUUCGGACAUCACAACAAGCAAAUGGAGGCACUUUGCCACGUCAAGCAGCGCCCAAGGACCCGGGGAUGAACGAGUCAACCUUGAAAUGUUUGGAAGAGCUACAGGACGAGGACGGGCAACUGCCUGAUGUGCUUAAGAACAUCGAACCUCGCCUGAUAGAGCAGAUUUGCAAUGAAAUCAUGACACAAGAUACAAAGACAAGAUGGAGUGAUAUUGCUGGUUUGGAGCAUGCAAAGCAGUGCGUGACUGAAGUUAUAAUCUGGCCGCUGAAGCGACCUGACUUAUUUCGAGGCACCAGAGCACCAGUUUCUGGGCUUUUGCUCUAUGGACCACCGGGAACAGGCAAGACCUUGAUUGGUAAGGCAAUUGCUGGUGAAACAAAUGCUACAUUCUUCUCAAUAUCUGCCAGUUCUUUGACAAGCAAAUGGAUUGGUGAAGGAGAGAAGCUUGUGCGAGCUCUAUUUGGUGUGGCGAGCUGCAAGGAGCCUGCUGUCAUUUUCAUCGAUGAAAUUGAUUCUCUUUUAUCACAGCGUCAAUCAGAAGGCGAGCAUGAGUCCAGCCGCCGGCUGAAGACGCAAUUUCUCAUUGAAAUGGAGGGAUGUGGAACAGGAGAUCGACACGUUCUAGUUAUUGGAGCAACAAAUCGACCGCAAGAGCUCGAUGAAGCAGCAAGGCGGCGUAUGCCCAACCGGCUCUAUAUACCUCUUCCAAACAAAGCUGCAAGGAAAGAGAUUGUUCGGAACCUCCUUCAAAAAGACGACAUUCUGGCACUAUCGGAGGAAGAUAUGGAUGCAAUUGCUGAAGAAGCUGAAGGAUACUCGGGGUCAGACAUGCGGCAUCUUGUUCGAGAAGCAGCAAUGAUGCCGUUGAGGGAGGCUGCUCUCUCUGGUCGAAUAGACAAGAUGGAAAAAGAUGAUAUCAGACCUGUUGGUCUUCAGGACUUUCGAGAUGCAUUACAAAGGGUCAACCCUUCUGUGGCUAACAGCGAGUUGAAAGCUUAUGAAGAGUGGACAACAAAGUUUGGCAGUGGCAAUCUGAGAGUGCAGGCACCUACAUAA